AUGGCUCAGUUUGGAGGACAGAAGACGCCCCCUCCAUGGGCCACCCAAUUUACAGCGACUGCUGUGUCACAGCCAGCUCCAUUAGGUGUCCAACAACCAUCACUACUUGGAGCUUCACCUACCAUCUACACUCAGCAGUCAGCGUUGGCAGCAGCCGGCCUCAGCACCCCUUCUCCAGCAAACUAUCAACUCACUCAAACUGCAGCACUCCAACAACAUGCUGCAGCCGCCGCCGCAGCCGCUGCUCUGCAGCAGCAAUACACUCAGCCGCAGCAAAUCUACAGUGUACAGCAGCAGUUGCAGCAGCCUCAACAGACUUUAAUAACUCAGCCUGCUGUAGCACUGCCAACAAGUCUCGCCCUGUCCACUCCCCAACAGGCUGCACAGAUAACAGUCUCUUACCCUACUCCCCGCUCCAGCCAGCAGCAAACCCAGCCUCAGAAACAGAGGGUCUUCACUGGGGUUGUUACCAAGCUCCAUGAAACAUUUGGCUUUGUGGAUGAAGAUGUGUUCUUUCAACUUACUGCUGUUAAGGGUAAGUCCCCACAAGUCGGAGAUCGGGUUUUGGUGGAAGCUACGUACAAUCCAAACAUGCCGUUUAAAUGGAAUGCACAGAGGAUUCAGACGCUUCCAAACCAGAACCCAGCUCCAGCACAGCCUUUACUGAAGAACCCACCACCAGUUAUGCCACCUGUUGCACAACAGCCUGCUUUUGGGGUUCAGACUCAACCCCCUCCACAAGCGCAAACCUUGCUGCAGGCACAAAUUUCUGCUGCUUCACUAAAUCCAUUACUUCAGGCACAGCCCCCUCCGCUGUUACAGCAACAGCAGCCUAAAGCUGGUUUGUUACAGACCCCGGUUCGCAUGGUAUCCCAACCACAGCCAGUGCGGAGGAUUGAACCCCCAUCCAGAUUUUCUGUCAGGAGUGAUCGAGGGGAUUCUAUUUCCAGUAGAAAAGAUGACCGGAACCGAGAAAGAGAGCGAGACAGACGCAGGUCACGUGAUCGUUCUCCUCAGAGAAAACGGUCAAGGGAGAGAUCUCCGCGGCGUGAAAGGGAACGAUCACCUCGCAGACCCAGACGGGUUGUACCUCGCUAUACUGUUCAGUUCUCAAAGUUUUCCCUGGACUGUCCCGGAUGUGACAUGAUGGAGCUGAGGAGACGUUAUCAGAACUUGUACAUUCCCAGUGAUUUCUUUGAUGCCCAGUUCACGUGGGUGGAUGCUUUUCCUAUCUCUCGUCCUUUUCAGCUUGGUAGCUACAGUAACUUCUAUGUAAUACACAAGGAAGUGGAUCCUCUUGAUAAAAACACUGCUGUACUGGACCCACCUGAUGUGGAUCACACAUACAGUGCAAAGGUCAUGUUGUUGGCAAGUCCAUCUUUGGAGGAUUUAUAUCACAAGUCAUGCGCUCUUGCUGAGGACCCAGUGGAAGUUAAAGAAGGCUUCCAGCAUCCAGCAAGGCUAAUUAAGUUUUUAGUGGGGAUGAAGGGUAAGGAUGAGGCAAUGGCAAUUGGAGGACACUGGUCUCCUUCACUGGAUGGACCGAAUCCAGAUAAAGACCCUUCAGUGCUCAUCAAAACUGCUGUGCGCUGUUGUAAGGCCCUGACUGGCAUUGACCUGAGCUUGUGCACACAGUGGAAGAAGAAGACAAAGAUGAUGGGGAUGCAAAGGAAAUCUGUACUCCUACUCACUGGUCCAAACUUGAUCCGAAGAUCAUGA